UCUUGAGCUCUUUUCCUUCAGCGGAGUGAAUAUAGUCCCGUUUUUCCUCUUUCACCUUAACAUCGUCACUGUUAAGAGCAUUUCGUGUAGAACUGUACCUGCUAGAGGCCUUCUUUGAAAAAGAAAAUGACACUCCAGUCUUCCGUUCGUCCGCCAUUUCCCAAACCUACUUAUAUGUCAUGUAAGCAAUAAGAAAGCCAUUCUCGUCCCCAUAGCCCUUUUCGCUUCUCUUAGCCGGCGGUGCCUUGGCACGAGAACUGGAAUCUGGUUAGUCCCAAUCCGCUACCGUUUGCACAUGGUUCAACGAAAUUACUUAUUGCAUCGGAAUCCACAAAGCCGGGUUUAUGGGGUUUAUGAACUACAGUUAUGUCAUAUUGCAGAGAAGAAGGUAAAGACAAACUAAUGUUCGUCACCGAAGAAGACCAUGCGACCCCCAGUUCUGUGACACUCGAAGAAGAUGACGAAGAGGAAUUAGAAGGAUUGAUCAAAGCAAAUGGCGAAAUAAACUGGGAUUGCCCUUGUUUACAGGGAAUGGCUUACGGGCCUUGUGGAGAACAGUUCAAGGCGGCAUUCUCAUGUUUUCAUUACAGUGAGGCGGACCCUAAGGGUUCCGACUGCAUUCCACAAUUCCGUGAUAUGCAAGAGUGUUUUGUGAAGUACCCUGAAAUUUAUGGAAAAGAUGAUGAACUUGAUGAAGAAGAAGAUUCCAUUAACAUGGAAACAGAAAAUGUAAAGGCCGGUGAUGGAGAAGAGAACAUUGUUUCGUCAGAAAAGAACGACUAUUCGUCAAGUGACUCGACAGAAUCCACGGAAUCAACCCAUGAACUUUCCAAUGAAGCCUCAAGCUGACCGAACGCGCCUUUAAUUUCCUUCUGUAAUUUAGCUGUUUUCUCUUUUAAUUUUGUCCUAGGGAGUUGAAAUUGUUAUAACAGUGUUUGAAGUGUGAUUUUUCAAACAUGGUGCUUGAUACAUGCAUGUACUCUUACGUAUGGUUGUAUUCACUUAUUUUUUAAAUAUUGCUAUUUUAUUUAUAACCACCUUCC